AUGUCGUCGGCAUCGGCGUCGCAACCAUCGGGUGCGCAGGCCGCACAGCAAAGAAAACAAGCUGAGCUACAGAACACCUAUUCGAACUACAAAUCGACGUUACAGCAGCUCGCGCAGAAGAUCGGCGAUGUUGAGACGGAUGCUGAGGAGCAUAAGCUCGUUUUGGAAUCUCUCACACCGGUACCAGCGGAUAGGAAAUGCUUCCGAAUGAUUAAUGGGGUUUUGGUGGAGAGGACGGUUGGAGAUGUUCGUCCUUCGUUAGAGACGAAUGCUGAAGGGCUGAAGAAAGUUCUUGAUGGAUUGGUCAAGGAAUAUAAGAGGGUUCAGGAUGAGAUGGAUUCUUGGAAGACAAAGAACAAUGUACAGGUCGUCCAACAAUAA